UCACUUCAUUCUCUUUGAACAAUCAGAGGUGAAAACAACUAUAUAGACACUUCUUCGACUGUCCAAACAACGUUUUUUUAAAAUGCAUCUUACAAUCAGUGUAUUGUUCGCCACUCUUUUAUGCUGUGUUUUAUACGCCAAAGCUGCACCAUUAAGCGGAAACGAUAUACCAAAUUCUUCAAUGAAAACGCUAUUUUUGAAAACGAGGAGCAGAUACGAAAAUUUCAUGAAAUCACCUGAACCAUACUACACGCUUGUUUCCGCAAGGGCUUUAAAAGAUAUUAAAGAAAUAAGUGCGCGAAAUGUGACGCCACAAGGAGUUGUUGUUAGAAAAUGUCCCGAAAAAAUUGGUUUUAGAGGAAAUGAAAAGCGAUGCAAAGCCAUCGAUUCCGAAAUGGAGGAAAUGGUACUUGAAGUCUAUCUUGCAAAGGGAAGGGUCAUGAAACAUAUAACGGUUGAACACGAAACGAAAUGUGAAUGUUUAUAAUUAGUCUUAAUAACUAGGAAAUCGAUUUUGAAUUUAGUGUCAACUCUGUGAGUUAUGUACUGAACUUAUUCUUUAACAAUGUGAUAUAUGAGUGUUAUUAUUAUUUAUUUGUGAAUUUAAAUUAUUUAUUUUAUAUGUUAU